AUGUCGAAGCCAGUCCUCCCCCAAAACGACAAUGUCGCCCACGCCCUCGCCGGUGCCGGCGGCGGUCUCCUCUCCAUGGCCCUGACCUACCCUCUCAUCACCCUCUCCACCCGAGCCCAAGUCGAAUCUAAGCGCGCCGACUCGGCCUUCCUCACGGCCGUCCAGAAGAUCGUAGCCCGCGAGGGCGUCUCGGGCCUCUACUCGGGCCUCGAAUCCGCCCUCUUCGGCAUCAGCGUCACCAACUUCGUCUACUACUACUGGUACGAGUGGACCCGCGCCUUCUUCGAGGCCGCCGCCGAGAAGGCCGGCCGCGCCAGCAAGAAGCUCACGACCGUCGAGUCCAUGAUCGCCGGCGCCAUCGCCGGCUCCGCGACCGUCAUCAUCACGAACCCCAUCUGGGUCGUCAACACCCGCAUGACCACCCGCGGCGGCAAGGGCAAGGAGGCCGGCUCCACCGACGAGGAGGCACAGGCCGCGAAGCCCAAGAAGGCGCCCUCGACCAUCGGCACCCUCCUGGCGCUCCUCAAGAAUGAGGGACCCCAGGCCCUCUUCAACGGCGUCAUCCCGGCGCUGGUGCUCGUCAUCAACCCCAUCCUGCAGUACACCCUCUUUGAGCAGAUGAAGAACACGGUCGAGAAGAAGAGGCGGGUCACGCCGACCAUUGCCUUCUUCCUCGGCGCCGCGGGCAAGCUGUUUGCGACCUCGGUCACGUACCCGUACAUCACGGUCAAGAGCCAGAUGCACGUCGCCGGCAACGGCGAGAAGAAGGAGGGUAUGUCCCAGGCCAUUAGCAGAGUCAUCCGCGAGGAGGGAUACGCCGGUCUCUACAAGGGUAUCGGCCCCAAGGUCACCCAGAGUGUGUUGACCGCCGCAUUGCUCUUUGCCUUCAAGGAUGUUCUCUACGAGCAGACCGUGAAGCUCAGGUCGAUUGCCGCCAAGAAGCGCGCGUAA